AUGUCGAGCUGCUCCGACGAUUCGUUGGAUUCACUUUUUCAUUACGAGCCGAGCCGCGUAGAUGCCGAUGCGAGACGUUCGGCAGAAUCCUCCAAGGCGUCUGUUUCGCCGAGCCCCUCCAAUCGUUCAUCUGACGAAGCGUCAAAACAUGCAAACUCAUCAGAUGUCGGUUCUCCGGAUGGCGAGCCAUCGGUUUCGAUGAGCCGUCCCCAGGAUCCUGUUCCUGAUGAAGACAUUAACCGCGCCGCACUCAAGGCCGAGGAGGAGGCAUUUCCCUUUGACCUUUUCGAGGCGAAGCGUGAAUUGGAACGUCUCAUGGCGUCCCGAGGCGCUUCCACAUCUGGGCGAGGGCCAAGACUUAAGAGACAAAAACCUGACCCGCCUGGCUCUACGCUUUGCUCCCUUGAGUCGCUCGAGGCGUUGAGGCAUCGCUUCGGGAUAUCCGAGGUGGUGGAGUUCGUCGUUCCAGAGAAGAGCGACCGAGCCGACAAGCCCCCAGAGAAUCAUUUCACUCUGUACGAGGCGUUCUUCGAGCUUUGCUUCCUCUGGUUCAUGAUCCCCGGAGUGAUCCUUGAAUAUCUCUGGAAACACGGGAUCUCGAUUGGGCAGAUCAUGCCGAGGGGAUUACGGCAUAUGAUUGGUAUCUUAGUUCGAAGUUUCGAGUGCGGAGUUGAUAUCGAGCUGAAUCACCUGCUGAACUUGCUGGAAAUCAGGAAAGCUCCGAAGGGAAAUAGAUUCUAUAUUUCCGACAAGGCGAAGCGACGGAUCAUCGGCGGUUUUCCCAGCAAGGAUCAGUUUUGGACUGAACGCUUCUUCUACGUGUUGGUGAACGAGGCGUUGGUCGGCGAGAAUUACAUUCAAAGAACCAAGACCGCUUGGGGACCACUUGGUAGCCGACCCGAAGCUUUGCCUCGGCUGGGAACUGUUUUUGCUCUUUCGGCACGGAAGGUUAAUUGGAGAAAGAACUUCACCCUCGAAAGAGUAGAAAAAGCGCGAGCCAUCCUUGCCGGAGUCCCCGUCAGCUCUUCGUCCUCAAGUUCUUCAAGAGAUACCCGAGAGAAGAUGGUGAUAAUAGCUCUCAGAGAAAUGAAGAGGCGCGAGGAAGAGGAAGCCGUUAGACGAGCUGCCGAGGCGGCUCACGCGCAAACCGAGGUAGUUCCAGCACAAGCCAAGGCGGUUUCAGAGCAAGCCGAGGCCGUCCUUCAACCCGACCCGCCGAGCCGGGAAGGAGAUAUAAUGGUCCGGGCUGCAGAAGGCGACACUGCCGAGGUGGUCGAGAAGGACGCAGCGCCCGAGGUGGAACCGGGCGAAAUUAUCCCCGAGGUGUCCGGAGACUACUCGGCGGCGCGGUUUAAGACUCCUUCGCAAUCCGCCAUCCUAGCCCUCCCAAAGUCGACGAGGCCUCCGACUUCGGUUGUUCGGAAGCACGACUCUAGCCGAAAACGUUCGGCUACCGACAAGGGGAAGGGCGUUGCUGUUCAGAAGGACAAGCCGUCCAAGAAGAGGCGGAAACCGACACCCAAGGAUCCCGCCGCGCGUAAGUUGGUUGUUAACGACCCUGACGCUUCUGCCGUCAUGUUCUCACGUGUAAAUAACGCGAACACGCGUCUUCCUCCUCCGGAGAAGCUGAGGAGGCCGAGGUUAUACGGCGCGAUGGCGCAGCGCGGUACCGAGGUUUGUUCUAUGCAGUUUGUCGCGGCCAUUAACGACCUGAUGGCCGAGUAUGAGGCGGACCUGUCUAAGGUCGAGCGUCGUUUGGACGAGGCCCGAAAUGAGACCACGGCGUCAAAGGUGAAGCUGGAAGAGGCGCAAAACGAAGCCGCGGCGGCGAAGGGGAAACUCACCGAGGCGAAGACCCGAGUGUCGAGGUUGGAAGAGGAGAAAAUAGUUCUCCACGCCAAUGUUGACAAAGUUUCCGCCUCGGUGAUUCGCCUGGAGGAGGCAAGGAGAGCCAAAAGCACCGAGGUGGCGUUGCUGAAGAGGCGUAUCGAGGCCAAGGACGCCUUGUUCGACGUCAAGGUCAAGCGGGCGAAAAAGGAGGCGAGGCAAGAGCUUACGGCGAAGUUUCAGGAACGCCUCGUCAAGGUGGAGGAGGGUUUGGUCAGGCUUGAGAAGGCCAAAAAUGAUGAGAACGAUCUGGGCAGAUCAAGGGCAAUCUUGCGAUGA